AUGGAGUUCUUGAACAGCACGUUUACGAUGAUGGAUUUGAUUUGCGCCGAACAUGCGGUGACGAAGAUUGAGACGGUGGGUGAGGAGUAUGUGUGUGCUGUGGGAGUCGUGCCCGAAGACGAGCAAGAGGCGAAGGACUCGGGACACACCGCUGUCUUGGGACGAUUGAUCCAGGCAGCUGCAGAGAUUUUAGCGGCGCGGAAACCAAAGAUGGGUUUGCCUGUGACCUUCAAGAUGGGGAUGCACACUGGACCAGUGGUUGCAGGUGUCAUUGGUCAGAAACUCCCACGUUUUCGUCUCUUCGGAGACACUGUGAACACUGCCGCGCGGAUGAUGCAGAAAGGUUUCUCUGGAAGUCUGCAAUUUGGCCCGGAAGCCUGGAAAAUGAUGUCUCUGGAUCAUCGUGCCAUGCAGCUACUGGAACCAAUUUGCUCGUGCUGA